GAAUUCUUUAAUAUUAAUAGAAUUUCUGGUUCUGGAAUUGAUAACCUCAAUCUUAGAAACAAGGGUAAUCAUUUAUAGUUGUAUAGUUAUUAGUUACUAAUUUCUCAUAUUACAGUAUUGUACCAUUGAUCGUUGAUGUGAUAAAUGACAGGUUUUUUAUUUGUAUGAUAGUAUUUGAGAGCCGCUAGGGGUCGUUGGACUGUUUUAGUAAAACUAAUUAUUAAUGAUUCACACAACUCUAUAGAGAAAGUAUCUCCUCUACGCUGUGGAGAUACGUAUAAAAAAUACUACUGGUGAACUGUCGUAGUCCAGCGACGACAAAAUAUAAACCAACGGUAUCGUAGGUAAUGAGUAUCUACCGAAACGUCGAAACGAUCAUAGUUGGAAGAGAUAUUAACGAAUCAGAUAUCUACCCAUGUUUAAUUUAUGCACAAAGAUAAUUUAUUGUAUGGAUUAUGUUAAUGUCCACGUUUCUAUCGUGCGGACUUUCGUAUCUAGUCUCACGAAAUGUCGCACGCGAAUCGUAAACUCGUCUACCGGGUGACGAAACACGGUCAAUAUCAUUAGUCGUUUGCACUCGCACGAUUAGUAGGCAGGAUUUUUUUUGCAUUUUUGUCUGACGACUAAGGGACGUCGAACGGGUCGCACAGCGUCCUGGUAUACUGGGUUGACUGUUGACUCGACCGGAACACACAUUGAAAAACAUCGCGGGUCGGAGCGAUUGGACUCCGUGCCGUAACAAUUCUGGCUGCGCGUCGGGGGUAUAUUAUAUUAUUUUAUUGUUAAUAUUUUAAUUAUUAUAGGUCUGUCGCAGGCCACAGCUUUGGUCCGUGCCCGCGUUCAGGCGUUCUGUAGGUAGUUUUAUAAUUGUGUCGAUAUUAUUGCGACUGCGAGUGCGUGCGUGCGUAUAUCCCGUAGUUGGUAGUGGUGCGAGCAGCUAUGUAAUAUAUUAUUUUCUAUGCUGCGAGCGGCGAGCCUCAUCACUUUCGUGUCUGUGUCGAAGUCUUGUGUGUGUAUGUGUGUGUCUGUUUUGUAUUUGUGUGUUUCUGUGUGCAAUGUGUAUGUUGGCUGCAUUCUAUCUUCCAUAGUUCCAUAGUGAAGUCGCUACUUUUAAACAAAAGGCCUUAAAAUUAGUUUUUAACUAUUUCCGUGCGUAUACCUACGGAAUUGUUAUUCAUUUCUGUUUUGUCUGGUUUGGCGCAAUAGAGCAACGACGACAGAUCAGAAGACUACGCGAGGAACGCGGAAGAUAUUUUUUCCUUCCUUUUUGAAAAUCAUUAAACGGAUCACCCGCCGCAGUAGCGUUGGUGUAGUGGAGGUGGGUAGUGUGGACUACGUGACAUUUUAGAAAUGUGGGAUGGACGUCCAUCGACUCCAUCGUUCAAAACGCAAUGCUUCUUGACUCUUUAAAAUGCAACGUACAUUUUCAAUUUUUAACAUUCGAUAAUUUUAUAUUGCAAGUGUUUUAAUCUCUGUUAAAGUAAGUAAUUAUAAUUGUCUUUAUAUAUAUUCGUAUAUAUUACCUUUAUAUCAUAGCCUAAUAUUAAAAUGAGUGUAAAAAGAGAUGUAAAGUGUAAACUUGAAAUUGAUGAACCAAAACAAAAAGAAUGUCCUGAAGGAAAAUUUAUUGAUCCUGUCAGUCUUAUGGAAAAAGGCAAAUUCGUUUUCAAGGUUCCUCCGGAAGCUCCAGUUUUUGAACCUACUGCAGAAGAAUUUAAAGAUCCAUUGAAAUAUAUUGCUAAAAUUAGAAGUGAAGCUCAAAAACAUGGAAUUUGUAAAAUUAAACCUCCAUCUAAUUGGCAUCCUCCAUUUUGUGUUGAUGUCGAUAACUUUAAAUUUACACCAAGGAUUCAAAAACUAAAUGAACUCGAUGCAAGUACUAGAGUUAAACUCAAUUUCUUGGAAAAAAUUGCCAAAUAUUGGCAUUUACAAGGGAUUCGUAUUAAAAUACCAGUAUUAGAACAAAGAGCUGUAGAUUUAUAUUCUCUUUAUAAAAUUGUAGAAUUUGAAGGAGGUUUUGAUGAAGUAUGUUUGGCAAAAAAAUGGGGAAAAGUGGCGAGUCGUAUGGGUUAUGUUUGUGAAAAAUCUUCUGGUACAGUUUUAAAAAGUCAUCAUGAGAGGUGGCUUAAUCCUUUUUCACUUUUUCAUGCCACCAUUAAAGAUGAAAUUUAUAACAAACCAAUUAAAAGAGAGAAUAAAGUUGUAAAUAUUAAAGAAGAAAGUUCAUCUGUUUCAAAUUCACCUACUAAACGAGCUAGACUCAGCCCAGAUGAUGAAAAUGAAUCUGAUGAUUACAUAAAGGAUCCAUUUUAUCUAAUGGAAAAUAAAGAAUUAAGAAAAUUACAAUUUUUUGGUGCUGGACCUAAGAUGGCCGGUUUCAGUUCCAAGUGUAGAAUAGGACAUUUAAAGACAAAAGAUUCUAAAAAGUCGAAAAGAAAAACUAAACCUGCUGUAGAUUAUUUGGAUAAAUAUUACUGUCAAAAAUGUGGAAGUGGUAAAUCUGAAGAGACUAUUUUAAUUUGUGAUGGCUGUGAUUUAAGUUUCCACAUGCACUGUUUAAUUAUACCAUUAACUACUAUUCCCAAGGGUGAAUGGAGAUGUCAUAAAUGUGUGAUCAAUGAAGUGAUCAAACCUAGUGAUGCUUUUGGAUUUGAACAAGCCCAGCGUGAGUACACACUUCAACAAUUUGGAGAAAUGGCUGACCAAUUUAAAUCCAAAUAUUUUAACAUGCCUGUUCAUCUUGUGCCUACCAGCAAAGUCGAACAGGAGUAUUGGAAAAUCGUUUCAUCUAUUGACUCUACAGUAAUUGCAGAAUAUGGUGCUGAUUUACAUACUAUGGAUCAUGGAUCAGGAUUCCCUACAGGUCUAGCACUUUGUGGAAAUGAAGAUAAUACUUUUUACAAGUCAUAUAUAGAAGACCAUUGGAAUUUAAAUAAUAUACCAAUACUCAAAGACUCUGUUCUUAGUUUUAUUAAUGCUGAUAUAUCUGGUAUGAAAAUUCCAUGGAUGUAUGUUGGUAUGUGUUUUUCCACAUUUUGCUGGCAUAAUGAAGAUCAUUGGAGCUAUUCGAUCAACUAUUUACAUUGGGGUGAACCAAAAACAUGGUAUGGAGUUCCAGGAGCUUCUGCUGAAGCGUUUGAAGAAGUUAUGAAGGAGACUACACCAGAAUUAUUUCAUUCUCAGCCAGACCUCUUACAUCAGUUGGUUACUAUUCUGAAUCCAAAUAUAUUGAUGAAAGCAAAUGUCCCAAUUUAUCGAACUGAUCAGAAUGCUGGAGAAUUUGUUGUUACUUUUCCGAGAUCUUACCAUACUGGAUUUAAUCAAGGAUAUAAUUUUGCUGAAGCUGUGAAUUUUGCUCCUGCUGAUUGGAUUUCAAUAGGUCGUGAAUGUGUUAAUCAUUAUUCAUCUCUCAAACGAAUAUGUGUAUUUUCCCAUGAUGAACUUAUAUGCAAAAUGGUGAAUUCUUGUGAUGACUUGGCACCAAAAGCAGCUGAACUUGUAUAUGAUGAUUUGAAUGAAAUGGUGAAGUUUGAAAGAGUUCAACGUAAAGCACUUUUAGAUUGGGGUGUUACUGAAGCAGAUUUUGUUGAAUUUGAACACCAGGUAGAUGACCUUAGACAAUGUAUGAUUUGUAAUACCACUCUAUAUAUAUCUGCUGUAUCCUGUUUAUGUGAUCCAAAAAGACUGGCAUGUCUUCGGCAUUUUAAGCAACUUUGUGAUUGUCCUGCACAAAUGCACGUGUUCAAAUAUAGGUACACCCUUGAUGAAUUUCCACCUCUAUUGCGAAAGGUCAAAGCUAAAGCUGAACAAGCUUGAUCAUUGAAAACAUUAAUGUAUAUUCUUUUUAAGGUAAAAACCAUUUAAGCAGUUAUUGACAAAUAUAACCAAAAUGUGAAAAUAAAGAAACAUAAAACUAGGUAUAGUAUAAAAAUAUGUUAAAAAACUAUAUUUUUGCAUCUCAUAAUUAUGUUUAUAUAUUUAAGUCUUCUUAGUCUAGAAUUGAUUGCUUACCUAUAUAUUAAAGACAAUUAAGUAUUUUAUAAUCUAAUUUAAAAAAUAAUAUUACAUUAUUAAAUAUUGUACAGAGUUUGAAUAUAUUUGUGUAUUCUAGAUCCCAUAAAAUAGUUGUAUCUUUUUUUUCUCGCUGAAUUAUUUGUGUAACAUUUCUAUUGAUUUAAUUUUAUAUAAUAUAUUUUAAUGAACUUAGUAUUAUCUUUAAGUAUCUGCUAGAUAGGUUCUAAUUAUUAGAAAUUGAUAUUCUAACAUUAUAAAUUGCUAUGUUAAUGUUGAUUUUAAAAUAUGCUUAUUAUUAUUAUUAUAUAAAUUAAAGUGUAUAUUUAAUAAUUAUAAAUGUUAACAACCUAAUAGUAUAUU